AUGUCAUCGAAUCUUAUUCAUCGUCUAUGUACAUGGUCAUCAAAGCAAAUAUUUAUUGUUUUUGCUGCUUUUCUUGUUUAUGUCCUUGCUGAUGGUACAACAUUUUCGUUCGGACUCUAUGUCGAUGCGCUUAUCUAUGAAUAUUCACAGACAAAAAAUAAUACAGCGUUCACUGUCAGUACUAUAGCUGCCUUUACACAAUCAAUACCACUUCUUCUAAGUCCACUUGUAUGUUGGGGCACAAUGAAAUUUGGUGCUAGUAAAACAUCACUGAUUGGCUGUAUUCUUUCAGCUAGUGGAUAUUGUCUGCCAUAUGUUUUUCAAUAUUAUAAAACAUUUUGGAUAUCAGCCUUUGGCUAUGGAUGUUUAUUGAGUGUUGGACUUGCAUUUUGUUAUGUACCUGCUUAUUUAACUUUGCCGUUUUAUUUCGAAGAUGAUCGAGGCUUAGCUACAGGCUUAGCUGUAUCUGGAAGUGGAUUUGGUCAAGUAGUUUUAGCAAUUCUUAUUAAAUCCUGUAUCAUUGAAUAUGAGUGGCGCGGUGCAUCUCUUAUCACAGGUGGUCUCUUUCUCUUUAUGCUCAUAUCAGUUGUUGCAUUUCGAAAACCUGCUUCGAUACUCCCACCUGAAUCAAGAGAACUUAUUGAAUUUUCAAAUAUUCCAUCUGUAACUCCCAUAGUCAACGAGGAACAUCCACGAGAUGAAGAAACACCAACUGAACACACACAAUCUCGUCGUUCUCGUGGUGCAACUUUUGCUCAAGUUUUACCACUUUUGAUUGCUUCUGUUCCAGUUCAUACACGUGUCACUAUUCCUAGCAUUGAACCUCAUACUAGUCGGCGACAUUCAUUUUAUCUUCGAACACACUCGCCCACUAUAACCGGCGACAGUCUUUCAGUUCUUGUCGUUCCUAAAAAACGUGUACCAAGAACUCGAGCAAACACUAUUGCUGUACCACUGCAAACAAAGCGACAACUCGACGGAUCAUUUGAACAAAUUCGGCAACCUCUGUGUCCAUUUUCUCUUGCACCGAUCGCUGCGGCAGAUGAAAAUAGUGAGGGCGAUGAGAAACCAUCAUCACCAUUAUUCUGCUCAUCCCCAGAUCCACCGCUACCACCACGAAUACAACCAUCAGAGCCUUUACCACCAGAACAAAUAGAAAUAGUAGAUGAAUCUCUUAAAGAACGACACUGGCUAAUCAAUAGUCGUUUUCUUCUCUUUUGUUUAUCAAAUUUUACUCUAUGUCUCGUUAUGGGUGUACCAUAUGUUAUUUUUCCAACUUAUAUUUCUGAAACAUUUCUUGAUCACGGUUAUUUUUCAUCAUGGACCUUAUCUAAUGUCGGUGUUGCAUCAGCACUUGGACAGAUUUUACUUGGUUAUGUACAUGAUCGAAAAAUAUGUUCUGCUUGGCUUAUGUAUACGUGUGCAGUUAUUAUAUCUGGCACAUCAUUGGUUAUCCUUGCUUUUUUUCCUUAUAAAAUCGUUGUUCUGGUUUGCGCAUUUAUGUUUGGCUUAGCAAUUAGCGCCAAUUAUGCAUUACAAGUACUUAUUGUUAUUGAUGCUUUAUCAAUCGACAACAUGGCAAAUGCUUUUGGAAUAUUACAAUUUUGUCAAGGUGUGAGUACAUUAAUUGGCAUUCCAAUUCAAGGUUUAUUACGUGAUGUUAGUCAUACAUAUAAACUUUCUUUUCUUACAUCAGGUUUUAUUAUAAUACUCUCUGGUGUGGCUAUGUUCUUUUGGCCAUGUUUAAAAACGACGAAUACAAAGAAGAUUAAUAAUGUUGACAACGAAAAAUGA